UGCAGGUCAUGGUGCGUUAAAAUUAAAAUGGCUACUGUACUGUCUCCGAGGCAAUGUGAUAGCAAUCCUGCAACACCUGGAACACACUCUUUAAGGGAUGACACUGAAGAGAAUUCUAGCGACAGCAGCCAGGCACCCAAGAGACGUAGAAUGGGUUCCGGUGACAGCUCGAGGAGUUGUGAUACUUCAAGCCACGAACUUGGACCAACAUAUUUCCCUGCUGAAAACCUGACAGAGUACAAAUGGCCCCCAGAUGAUACAGGAGAAUACUAUAUGUUACAGGAGCAAGUUAGCGAGUAUUUAGGAGUCACCUCAUUCAAGAGAAAAUAUCCAGAUUUGGAAAGAAGAGACUUAUCUCACAAAGAAAAACUUUACUUGAGAGAGCAAAAUGUAAUCACAGAGACACAAUGUACUUUAGGGCUUACUGCUUUGCGCAGUGAUGAGGUAAUUGAUUUGAUGAUUAAGGAGUACCCAGCCAAACAUGCGGAGUACUCAGUUAUCUUACAAGAGCGGGAGCGCCAAAGAAUCACUAAGGAGUAUUCAGUAAGCACUCUGAGUGCUCAAAUGCAGCAGCAAAAUCCUCAGAAGGUUGAAGCUAGCAAAGUGCCAGAGUAUAUCAAAAAGGCUGCUAAAAAGGCAGCUGAAUUCAACAGUAAUUUCAACAGAGAGCGUAUGGAGGAAAGAAGAGCCUAUUUUGAUCUUCAAACACAUAUAAUUCAGGUACCUCAAGGGAAAUACAAAGUUCUCCCACAAGAAAGGACCAAGACAGGGCCAUAUCCUGUGGCCCUCAUCCCCGGACAGUUCCAGGAAUACUACAAAAGGUAUUCCCCAAACGAGCUGCGCUAUCUGCCCCUGAACACGGCUCUGUACGAGCCCCCACUGGACCCUGAGCUGCCAGCCCUGGACAGCGAUGGAGACUCGGACGAUGGCGAAGAGAACAAGGGAGCAGACGGAAGGAAAACCAAAGGCUCCUCCGACAGCUCAUCUGGGAACACAUCGGAUGGAGACAGCCAGGACAGCGGUAUCCACUCCAAAGGCAAGAGCAAGGACCGGCUAGGCACCCAGAGCAAAGAUGCCACCCCUCGCUCCUUCCAACACAAAUCUGUCCCUGGGUACAAGCCUAAGGUCAUUCCCAAUGCUAUAUGUGGCAUAUGCCAGAAGGGUAAGGAGUCCAACAAGAAGGGCAAACCAGAGGCACUCAUCCACUGCUCCCAGUGUCAGAACAGUGGUCACCCGUCGUGCUUGGAUAUGAGCACUGAGCUGAUGGCGCUGAUAAAGACCUACCCGUGGCAGUGCAUGGAGUGCAAGACAUGCACCGUGUGCGAGCAGCCCCACCACGAGGAGGAAAUGAUGUUCUGUGACAAGUGCGACCGUGGCUUCCACACCUUCUGCGUGGGCAUGGACUCUAUUCCCCUGGGGUGUUGGGUAUGUGAUUGCUGCAACAAGGAUUUCUUCUCGCCUAAGAAAAAAGGAACAGCAAAAACACCUAAAAAAUUGAAGUGACUAUAAAUGGAGAUGAUGGUCAGCUGCACUUUUUUAACACACUUUUUUUUUUUUUCUUCAUUUGACUGAGAGACCAGUAAUCCCAUCAUGUAGUUUGUGGGUAUAUCUGUGUGUGUGUGUUUUGUUUUCUCUCUCUAGUUUUGUUUUUGUUUUAUACAGCUAUUAAGCUAUGGCCUAUGAUGACUGUUUUUACAUUUUUACAAUUUGUACAAUAAAGUGCAAAAUGGCAGAUUCUCCUUUUAAA